AUGGAAUACGGCACUAUACAAAACUUGGUAAAGGAAACGAAACGUCGCAUCGGUAUGCUCGAUUUACCAUACGAGGCAGAAUAUCGCGGACAACUUACACAUCUGGGGUACAAGGAAAAGGAAACCCUGAAGGAAGCGUUCCUGCGCCAGGAAUGGAAUAUGGGAAGCGCACGGGUUUUGAAUUUGUUGCAGGAAGCAAACAUUCUAACAGCGAGCGAGUAUAUGCUAAGUCUAGAUGCAAACGAGCUAAUGCAACAGAUAAUGAACGAUCUUCUGGAAACAGAAUACAAGCUACUUGCGCACAUCAUUAGGUACGCCUAUCUAGAUAAUGUACAGUCGCAGACUCUCACUAACGUACUCAAUGAGAGUUUUCGUGCGUUGCUGAACGAUUUGAAGGAAACCCCGGACGUAAUUCCUCGCAGUUAUUUGCAUUCGCUAAAGCCACAUUUAUUACCUGAGGAGCUGAAAAAGGUAACAGCGGAACAUUUACAGUUGGUGCUAGUAGCUGGUGAUACAUUCGAUAGUUUAGAUGAAGCACUCGGAAAACAGGUGCAGUGGCGUGAUGAAGUGAAAACCCUUCGUGGCACAGUUUUCGGGUGCCUGCUCGUAGAAUUAGUUCACGACAAAACAUUUUUUUUAAGUGUGUUGAAAGAUUUCAGCAAAAAAUCUUGUACAUUUUCGCUGAAAUACGCUCUCUACCUGCUGCACGUGCUGGCGCAGGAUGGAGAAACGGACGACAAAUUGUUGAAAAACUUUCUCAAAGAUAUGUUCCGCUCGGUGGUGGAAAUGGAAUCGAUGAGUGAAAUGAAACUGUUGUUACUGUUUGCACGUGAAGUCUGCACCGCCAACGAAACCAUACUGGGGACGUAUUCUGUCUGGUACAAGCAAACGAUCGGUGAAAUGACGUACAGUGUGAAGAAACAUCAGUUUAUUAGAACGAUGGAGCUGCUAACUGCCCUGUUACCGUUGGAACGGGAUUUGGAGAUGCUCGGCGUACAUUCAACCAUUGCCAUUUCUGCACCAGCCAAAUGUAAUGAUUAUGUGCUAAACUAUAAGCAGCUGUGUCGGGCUCACAUUGCCCAACUGAAGGUAGGCGAUAGUACUACGAUCGUGUUAGAAGACUGA